AUGAAAUUGAGCGCCCUGUACACACUACUGUGCACGCUGUGCAUCCCGUAUCUACUGGCCAGUGUAACGAACUUUUCGGACGAGGAAAUACACGAAAAAGUAAAGUCUAUUGUGAACGAAGCAGACGAGUGCUCGCUAGAAGAUGUAGAGUUCAUAGACAAGUAUAACGAAAAACUGUACUGGAUAUGGACGAACAACCUUUUCAGGUAUUUAAGAGUCAAGCUGUAUUUGUAUGAAAGUGACACGAUUUACAAAAAUGUGAAAGGGGAAAAUGGCAACGCUUUGGGGGACCAUGUGAAGGACGCACUACGGGAUGACUUCUUCAUUUACAAAGAGAGAGAGGAAUUCAUACGAAUUGCACUGAACAUCCUGUCCAAUGAAAAGUCAUUGGCAAAAAUGAUAAGUGUAUAUACACCUAAAAAGGAAAUAAAAUUUUUUCAAGAAUUAUCGCAGAGUCAGUUAAUUGACCUUCUCAUAAAUGAAAAAAAAAAUUUAAUAAACUCAUUUAACAAAUUUAAAUUGUUCCAAGAUUUUCGAGACGUUUCAAAUUCAAAAUAUUAUUACCAGCAACGCUUUUCACAGAGGGACACAGAACAUAAAGCUCACGAUAAUAUAGGUAUCGCCCGGAAUGAACAAAUGGAGGACGAUAAAAAUCCGGGGGUAAACAAUAAGAGAACAAAAAAUGUAAUCACAUUUAAUGCUGAGGAAAUACCGCGCAUGACGGAGAUACCGUUCGACUUUUACGAUCAGAACAAGUGGAACAAAUAUUUUUAUUCCGUCAAUGAUGAGUAA